AUGGCCGCCGUCGAGAUCCCUCAUCGCGCCAACAAGCCACUUCCUUCGCCUCGUCUGGCCACCUACUCGCGCAAGUCGGUUCCUGCUUCGCGCGCUCGCAAGGCCUCCUAUGUCGAGGAACACGACGACGAGGAUGCCGCUGAGCACACAGACAAGGACGAGGUCGAGGCUGCCGACGCCUUCACUCUUGUCCCUCAUGUAGCCGAGCAAACGCUCCACGCCGUUCACAGUGCCAUCUUUGGCCAACCCUGGGCUGACCUCGAGCUCGUUGUUAGUGCUGGCGGCAAGAAGGAGGAAGUGGUCUACGCCAACUCCAAGGUGCUCAAGAAGGCCUGCCCUGCGCUCAUGCGUCAGAUCAGCACCACCGGACGCGCUGAGCUCGACACCAUGGAGCAGGAGCAGAUCAACGCUGCUGCUAAUGCUGCUGCCGCCGCAAAGAGCAAGAGUGCUGCUUCUCCUAAGCGUGGUCCUCGCCCUGCCUCCAGCCGCCGUUCCACCAAUAGCCUCGGCCUGGUCGACUACGGACGCAGCUCGCGUCUCGGUGCUCAGGACAACCAUGACGACGAUGCAGAAGACUUUGACAACGUGCGGGCUGCCAAGCACCACAACGAUGCCGAAGACGAAGAGUAUGCUGACUCGUUCGCUGAGCUGCCUAAAUCCAGCCACCAUGAUGGCGACCUCGACGACGCUCACCAGGACGCCGACAGCGUUGGCGACGAGGACAUCGACGAAGGCAACACGCAUGGUUCGAGGGGCAAGGUGGCUGGUGCCGUUGCUCCUGCCCCAGCCAUCGAGACGCUCACGCCUCCCACCUUCUCUCGCUCCUCGUCGCGCUUCUCGAAGCUGAUGAAGUUCAUGAACAAGGACAAGGCCUCGCCCACUGCCGAGACCGACGCAGCUCUCCCCUUCACCUCGGUAGGCAACGCUUCCGGUACCGACUACCUCAACGAGAUGGGCACCUACGGCGGCCGUAGCCGUGUGCGUCGGUACAGCGCUGGUAACGACCUCACCUCUGCCUCUGCUGCUGCUACUCGAGGUUCCGCGGCCUCGAGGGUGCAGGUGACCGGCUGCUCGCCUGCCACGCUCCAGGCACUCGUGUUCUACCUGUACACUGGACACGCCACCUUUGCCUCGCGUCUGCCUGCGCCCAGCAGCCGUCGCUACGGUCGCACCCGCCGCGACUCGUCCUCGGACGCCUCGCUGCACUCUGACCGUGCCGAGUCGGUCAAGCACAGCGAGGACGAAGACCUCGACGGCGACGACGUUGCUGCCCUUCCCGCCGCACGUGUCUCCAAGUCACCCAGCUUCCCUCCCGUCUUUUCGGCCACCGCUGCGUACUGCAUCGGCCGCCAGCUCGGACUGCGCGACCUCGCGACCAAGGCCUUCGACCACAUCUGCCUCGAGCUCUCGCCCAAGACCGUGCUGGCCGACUUGCUGAGUCCGUUUGUCGACCGUUUCGAUGAGGUACAGCGUGCGCAUUUGGACUACGUCUCAGACAACUGGGACCGUGUCAAGCGCAGACCCGACUUUGAACAGACUGUCGGCCGCCUGGUUAUGGGCGAGUACAAAGAGGCGAGGAAGGCGCUCCUCAAGCUGUUUGCCAAGCUCUCGGUUGCUUGA